AUGGAGGAGGGGAAAGAAACUGGAAUGAGAAAAGAGGUUGAAGAAAGUGACGUUGAAAAAGAAAAAGAAAAUCAUCAAGAGGCUUUAAAGAAGAUUAUUGCAAGCCAUCCUUUAUUUGAAGUGUUAAUUGAAUCUCACAUUAAUUGUUUCAAGGUAGGAUCUGAGGAUGCAGGGGAGUUUGAUAUAAAACGUGAUGCAUGGAAGAAAUUGGUGAACACAGAGUCCAAAGAAACUACUAGUCCAAACACUUCAGAGCUUGAUCACUUCAUGGAAGCAUAUUGCAUGGCACUAGGCAAGCUCAAAGAAGUGAUAGAGGAGCCAGCUAAAGAAGCAAAUGCUUUCAUCAAUGCAACCUAUAUCCAACUCAAAGAACUCGAUGAAGGAAAUCACCUAGCAACUUGA